CUCUGGAAAGCCAAGUAGCCAUUGCGAUGCUACAAUGCAAUGGGGAGGUCUUCUUGUGUCCCUGACUUGCAGCAAAAUGUAGUUCUUAGUCACAGGGACAACUCCAGGACAUUGGCAAGAAGGACAGCUUCAUUUAUCCUCGCCAAAAUUGCCACCAUGAACUUCUACAGAUAUAUGUAUUAUGCAUUGGCUUAUACCAGUAUUGUGAUGCUUAUAAUUGCCAUUGUAUCGCCAUUUUGGAUAGUGCAACAUUUUGAGGAAGACGAUUUCCAUAUGGGACUGUGGAGCAUUUGUUUUGGGACUGUUAUCUGUUCUUAUAUUUCUGUUGUUACAGCAAAUCUGGCAGCUGUACAAGGCCUUAUGUUAAUAGCCCUUGCCUGUUGUUUCCUUGCCUUGAUCUGCUCUCAAGAUCUUCUGACACGUUGCUUGAAAAAGAAAGUGCCCGAAAACCUGAUUUCUUCAGCAGCUUUUUACCAUGCAGGAGUUUGCAUUUUGUUCUCUCUGAUUAUUAUGUACCUCCGUCUUAGAGCUAUCAUGAUGGAGGUAGAGGUCCUACAUUUGUCUCCAGACUGGGCUUUUUUCAUGAGCAUGUUCACUUGUUCUUUCUGCUUAGUAUUGGGUACACUUCGACUACUGUGGCAGAAACAUCUGGUCAAUGGAAAGAAAAAACUAAGCACUCAAAGAACAGUAGUACCGGCAACAGCGUCUGUUGAUGUUAAGCAGCUAUAUCCAUAAAUACAAACACUUCCCAACCUGGGCCAAACACUAAGGUUCUGGGAUCUAAAUAAAUAAA